CGAAACUUGUCAGUUUGACUGUAUUAUAUUGGUUUAUAUUGCGUUCGACAGAUAGACUUUUAUUUUGAAGGCGAUGUCUAGCAGGAAGUCGGCCGUCGGCCAUUUUCGUCGUAAUCACAACAAGCCGUGUGCAGCUAGUGCUAGUUAAGUGUUCAUCCAUGGUCAUCCUUGUUUCUGUUUGUGCCUUCGACAUCAUCGUCUUUUUACUCCAUGUUUUGGGAGAACACUGCAAUAAAAAGGAGCUUUGGAAGCUAUACCCUGACUCAGUGUCUACCUUAGCAGGAGUUAGGCUUACUGCUGAAUUGGUGUUAGAAACACACACAAGGAGAGCAGGAAAGUAAAAAGACGAUACGCAGCUGGCAACACAAUACACAGCAGCAGACUACAUGAACAUGGACAACGAUCAGAAGAAAAAUACUACAAUAAAAGGCUUCAAGUCAUCUCAAAGUGGAUCGUCGGUCAGUCGUAAAAGCUCUAGCUCAACCAAAUCAUCAGUCAGCGCUGCUGCUGCAAAGGCAAGAGCCAAAGCAGAGGCUGCUCGUGCACGUGCAGCAUUUGCAGAGCGUGAAAUCAGUAUCAAGGUGAACAAAGCAAGACUAGAAGCCAGCCUCGAUGCCUUGCAGUUGGAAAGAGAAGCUGCAGCUGCUAAUGCCCAGGCAGAAGCUUUAGAGGCAGCAGCGGAGAUUGAGGAAGAGGAGCUCCGUAGCAAAAGGAGCUUCCCUGUCGUGGAGCAAGACACACAAGAACGCGUAAGCGAAUAUGUUCGUGACCAAACUACACGUUUUGACAAGCUCCCUGAACCUGUAGUCUUCUCAGAGACCGCAGAGCGAUCUAUUGAGCCUCACCUUAACGCGCCAACACCAUAUGUUCACAAAGAAGAAGAAUAUAUUAUGAAAGAUUCUUGGCCAGCCCCACCUCAACUUCAACAGAGACCAACAUCACUUCAGAGUUCUCAGGCAAUACAUGAAUCCAAAUCAUCAGUCCAACCGCACACCCAAGAGAAUUUCCAAGUCAAAAGAGAGAAAGACACUUACAACACCAAUCCCACAUCCAAGCUAACUUUCCCAAAGUACUCUGACACAUCUCACAUGUACCGAACCAGUCCAGAGUCUUCAGUUAUGUUGGACAUGGCAAAGUACCUGGCACGCAAAGAACUUGUUUGCACGGGCCUAUCAAACUUCGAUGAUCGUCCUGAAUCGUACAGAGCAUGGAAGUCCUCCUUCUUCAACACGAUCAAAGAUUUGGAUCUGACAGCUAGUGAACAGUUGGAUCUGCUUUCAAAAUGGCUUGGAAAAGAAUCAUCUGAACACGUGAGACGUCUGAGAGCAGUUAACAUUGGCAACCCAAAUGCAGCUCUACGAACAGCUUGGGAAAGACUUGAUGAAUGUUUUGGCGCUCCAGAAGUCAUUGAAAAUGCGCUUUUCGCAAAGCUCGACAACUUUCCUAGAAUCUCGAAUAAGGACAGCCAAAAAUUAAGGGAACUUGGAGACCUGUUAAAAGAGUUAUUGUCAGCAAAAGAAGAUGGAUACCUGUCAGGCUUGGCAUUCUUGGACACUGCUCGUGGCAUAAAACCAAUCGUGGAAAAAUUGCCAUUCAACCUGCAAGAGAGAUGGCUUUCUCAGGGAUCAAUGUACAAGCAAGAUCACAAGGUCAGUUACCCGCCUUUUUCUUACUUCACCUCUUUUAUCUGCUACCAAGCUAAAACAAGGAAUGAUCCCAGCUUUACCCUUUCUGGAAACAACCUAACAUUUGAAAGAGCAAUGCCGAAACAUAAAGCUCCUAGAACAGUGGUUUCAGUGCACAAGACAAAAGUUUCUACUGAUGUUACACAAGAUGAAACAGCUUCCGAAGAGGACGUGUCGAAGCAAUGUCCAAUCCAUAAAAGGCCUCACCCUUUAAAGAAAUGUCGGGGCUUCAGGCUAAAAACUCUUGCAGACAGAAAAGCAUACUUAAAGGAACAAGGCAUUUGUUUCAAAUGUUGCUCAUCAUCCUCCCACCCAGCUCGUGAUUGCAAAGCACGCCUGAAAUGUGACGAGUGUGACAGUGAAAAUCAUAUAACGGCUCUUCACCCUGGUCCACCACCAUGGGCAGCUAGAGUCUCAAAUUCCCCGAAGAACGAUGGCGGGGAGUCAGAGUUGGAGGAAACCACGAGAACUCCAGUCGUAAGUUCUCUGUGCACCAAAGUGUGCGGGGAUCAUCUCAAAGCAAAGUCGUGCUCAAAGAUCUGCCUCGUUAAAGUAUAUCCAGACAAUCAACCAGAGAAAGCCAAAAAAAUGUAUGCCAUGCUCGAUGACCAGAGCAACAGAUCUCUAGCUCGGUCACAGUUUUUUGACAUCUUCAAAAUCGAGACAGACGCAUACCCUUACACCCUCAAAACAUGUGCUGGCUUAGCCACAGUCUCUGGCAGGAAAGCAACCGGCUACCAUAUCGAAGCAGUUAAUGGUGGCGUUAACUUGUCGCUGCCAGAACUCACAGAAUGUGACGAUUUACCAGACAAUCGUGACGAAAUACCAACUCCAGAGGCUGCUCUCCACCACCCCCAUCUAAAAAGUAUUGCCAGCGAAAUCCCAGCCUUGGACGACAAUGCCCAGAUCCUUCUUCUGCUGGGUAGGGACAUUCUUCGCAUUCAUAAAGUGAGGCAGCAGAUUAAUGGUCCUGGAGAUACUCCUUUUGCGCAAAGACUUGAUCUUGGAUGGGUGCUGGUGGGUGACGUGUGUUUGGGAAAAGUCCACAAGCCUAUCAUUCACAGCUACAAAACAAAUGUACUAGAAGAUGGAAGACCUUCGCUGUUCAGGCCAUGCACGAGCCACAUCAAUCUCAAGCAAGCGACCAGUCCCAGUUUCGUCAAUGGUCUUUCUCACAGUUCACCAGAUGACUCGCUUGGCCUUACAGUUUUUGCAAGGACUGACAAUGACGACAAGCGAGCCUUCUCCAUCGAAGAUGAACAGUUCAUCAAAAUAAUGAAUGAUCAAGUUUUCCAAGAUGAGUGUAACAGCUGGGUGGCACCUCUCCCUUUCAAGACACCCAGACCUCCCUUAUCAAACAACCGAGAGCAAGCUAUGACCCGCCUUUCAUCUCUGAAACGCACUCUGGAACGGAAGCCAAAGAUGAAAGAACAGUUUGUCACCUUUAUGCAAAACAUCUUUGACAACAACCAUGCUGAACCAGCCCCUCCGCUACAAAAGGGAAGAGAAUGUUGGUACUUACCAAUGUUCGGAGUCUACCAUCCCAGAAAACCUGGACAAAUCAGAGUUGUGUUUGAUUCUAGUGCACAAUCCAAUGGCCUCUCACUCAACAAUGUCCUGCUCACCGGGCCAGACCUGAAUAACAGUCUCAUUGGAGUUCUCAUUCGCUUCAGGAGGGAGAAAAUAGCUGUUAUGGCAGACAUCGAACAGAUGUUCCAUUGUUUUGUCGUAAGAGAGGACCACCGAGAUUACUUGCGCUUCCUCUGGUUCCGAGAGAACGACCCCAGCAAAGACAUUGUCGAAUACCGGAUGAGGGUACAUGUAUUUGGCAAUAGCCCUUCCCCAGCCGUGGCCACCUACUGUCUCAGAAGAGCAGCCCAGCAGGGAGAACAGCAAUACGGGUCAGACACCAGACACUUUGUGGAGCGAGAUUUUUAUGUCGACGAUGGCCUGGUCUCAACACCCACCGAAGAGGAAGCAAUUGCUCUGCUGCAAAAGACUCAAGCUUCUCUGUCGGAGUCAAACCUGAGACUCCACAAGAUCACGUCUAACAGUGUUAGAGUCCUGACAGCAUUUCCAGCAGGGGACCAUGCUAAAGACAUUAAAGAUCUCUAUCUCGGAACAGAAACGGCGCCCACCCAAAGAAGUCUUGGUUUGAGCUGGGAAAUCAAAAUAGACACUUUCACCUUCCAAGUGUCAGUCAAUGACAAGCCAUUCACACGUCGUGGGAUUCUUUCUACAAUAAACAGUCUUUUCGACCCGCUUGGCUUUGUUGCUCCUGUGACCAUUCAAGGAAAGUCACUAUUGAGAGAGCUUACUCUUGAAGGAACUGAAUGGGACGUUCUUCUUCCCCAAGAAAAACUUAAAGUGUGGGAAACAUGGAGAGAUUCUCUUCAGGAAUUGCAACAUCUUCACAUUCCUCGUGCUUAUACCACCACUUCUCCUUCCAAGGCAAAGCAAAAGGAGAUCUGCAUCUUCUCUGAUGCCUCUACAAAGGCUAUUGGUGCUGUCGCAUACCUCAGAACAACUAACGAGGAUGGCCAGAUCCACGUGGGCUUCAUCUUAGGAAAAGCCAAACUUUCUCCUCCCAGCGAACCCACCAUUCCCAGACUGGAACUUUGUGCGGCAGUGCUAGCUGUAGAAAUGGCUGAACUCAUCGUUCAAGAGAUUGAUCUUCCACUUGACGCAGUCACCUUUUAUUGUGACAGUAAAGUGGUGCUGGGAUAUAUACAUAAUCAGUCAAAACGUUUCUAUGUGUAUGUCCACAACAGAGUUCAAAGGAUCCGGCAAUCCACAGACCCAAAGCAAUGGCGGUACGUGCCUACGGAACACAACCCAGCUGACCAUGCCUCCAGAUCGGUUCAAGCUUCCAUCCUCACACAAACCAACUGGUUCACAGGUCCAGCCUUUCUAUACAAACCACAAGCAGCCACUGAGCAUCAACAGUCAUUUGAAAUCAUCGAUCCAGACUCAGAUGUGGAGAUCCGACCACAAGUAACAAGUUGCGUGACGGGCCAAAGAGACAAGCGCUUCGAUCCAAAGAGAUUUGAAAGAUUCUCAUCUUGGAAGUCCUUGCAAAGAGCAACUCUUCUCCAUGUAACUCGUUCUUUUAAGUCAACAGACCAGGAUGUCACUGUAUGUUCUGGAUGGCACCAGUGUUCAAAGCCUCACAGUGUCGAUGAGUUGUCAAAAUCAUCUGAAGUCAUCCUUCGUGCUGUACAAAGAGCCUGCUUUUCUGAAGAAUACGACUCCCUCUCCAAGGGGCAAGACGUUAACAAGAAAAGUUCAUUGUCAAAACUAAAUCCUGUUAUAGCCCCAGAUGGCUUGUUGAGGAUUGGAGGGAGACUGAAGCUGGCAGAUCUCAGCGACCCUGAAAAACAUCCAAUCAUUCUGCCAGGUAAACAUCAUGUGUCCACAUUGCUCAUAAGACAUCAUCACGAACGAGUUGAACACCAAGGCCGAAGUUUCACAGAGGGCGCUGUACGAGCCGCUGGCAUUUGGUUGAUUGGUGGUAAGAGACGCAUAAGCAGUAUUUUACAUGGAUGUGUCACCUGUCUUAAACUUCGUGGAAGAAGAGAGAGGCAGAAAAUGUCGGACCUUCCCCAAGAACGGUUGAGCACUUCACCUCCCUUUACAUACACUGGUGUGGAUGUCUUCGGUCCCUGGUUUGUGACAGCAAGGCGCACAAGAGGAGGCUUAGCUCAAAGUAAACGAUGGGCUGUUCUGUUCACAUGCUUGAGUACCCGCGCCGUCCAUAUAGAGGUGAUUGAGUCCAUGGAUACUUCCUCCUUCAUCAACUCCCUGAGAAGGUUCUUUGCAAUCCGUGGCCCUUCUCAACAGCUACACUCAGACCGUAGAACCAACUUCAUUGGUGCUUGUAAAGAGCUGGAGUUUGAGAAGGUUCUGAAGGAAUCAGAGGUCCAAACAUACACUAACAGUCAAGGUUGUUCAUGGCAUUUCAAUCCACCUCAUUCCUCACACAUGGGUGGUGCGUGGGAACGCAUGAUCGGAGUCGCAAGGAGGAUUUUGGAUUCAAUGCUGAUGCGUACUCACUCCUCAAGUUUGACCCAUGGAGUCCUGUGCACUUUUAUGGCAGAGGCGACAGCCAUUAUCAACUCUAGACCGCUUGUUUCUAUUUCAUCUGAUCCAGAUGCUCCUCAGAUACUCACACCGGCAAUGCUCCUUACUAACAAACAAAGUAUUCUACCUCCAUCUGGGAAGUUCACCGACAAAGACUUGUUCAAGCAGCAGUGGCGCGAGGUACAAAGGUUGGCUGAUCAAUUCUGGAGUCGCUGGAAGCGCGAAUACCUGCACACUCUGCAAGUUCGACACAAAUGGCAGGAAUCGAGACCUAACAUUGAAGAUGGGGACGUCGUUAUGUUGAAGGACAGUAAAACGUGUCGUAACGACUGGCCCAUGGCCCUUGUGACUAAGACCUUUCCUGGACGUGAUGGAAGAGUUCGCAAGGUCGAGAUGAGAGUUGUUAAAGAUGGAUCCAUGAAGAAGUUCUUUAGACCAGUUACAGAGAUUGUUCUGCUUCUGAAAAGGCAGGACUGAAACAUUUAACUGUAGGAUGUUCUAGUUCGAUGUGUGGCAUCUCGUCAGAUACCAGGCGGGGAGUGUUCUGCCACGAAACUUGUCAGUUUGACUGUAUUAUAUUGGUUUAUAUUGCGUUCGACAGAUAGACUUUUAUUUUGAAGGCGAUGUCUAGCAGGAAGUCGGCCGUCGGCCAUUUUCGUCGUAAUCACAACAAGUCGUGUGCAGCUAGUGCUAGUUAAGUGUUCAUCCAUGGUCAUCCUUGUUUCUGUUUGUGCCUUCGACAUCAUCGUCUAUUUCUUUCAGCUCCCUCCCGUGAGACAGUCCAAACCUCUGUGCGUGUACGAUCCUACGCGGCUGGACCACUGGCGUGACGACUUCAAAAAGAUCACGCUCACCGCCAUCAUGAGGCAGAAAGACGAUGUCGCCUUUGCCGAACUGCUGAACCGACUCCGCGUCAAAGAAAAGUCAGAUGAACUGUCGGAAAUGGACAGAGCUCUCCUUGCCACGAGGACAUUGUGCAGAUUGACGCGGAUGACUACAAGAAAGACAAAGGAACUGGCAGAAUGGCAAGGCAAGCUUCCCCUGUGCAAGGCGCUAAGAAUGAGCUCCCGGACUCAAUCAAAGUUGCCUUGGGUGCUCGUGUUAUGAUCACACGGAACGUUGAUGUUCAAUCAGGUCUGUGCAACGGGAUGUUUGCAAAAGUUGUCAAAUUGGUGAACUAUCCAAAUGAAGCCCGUGUCCAGAAACUUGGCUUGGAACUCGAUCAUGUGAGUAACACAGCGCGUGCUGCUAACCCCGUGUACAUUGACAGACUGGAGGAGAAGCUGAACAAGGCUGGAGUGACGCGCCGACAGUUUCCCAUCAAGCUUGCUUUUGCCUGCACGAUCCACAAGGUACAAGGCAUGACAACGUCACAGGCUGCAGUUUCGCUGAAAGGUGUUUUCGAACACGGCAUGGGGUACGUAGCUCUGAGUAGAGUGACUUCGCUCAGUGGUCUGCAUAUUCUGCAUAUGGAUGAGAGAAGGCUUCAUGCAAAUCCACAAAUCACUGCUGCUCUUGCUGAGAUGGCAGAAGAUUCUUUGGAGAGCGUCAUGCCCCUCCUUCACGUGAUGCCGUCGGUAGAUCGGGCAAAUCACCUGGUUGUCGUCCAUCAUAACACCGAAGGGCUGUCUUGUCACGUGCAAGAUAUCGUGUCUCAUCACGAACUGCUUUUCGCUGAUGUUUUGUGCUUCACAGAGACACACCUCCAAGGAUCAGUGGCCGAUGGACGUGCUUGCUUGGAAGGCUACACGAUGUUUUGCAGGAACCGAAGUGAUUCUUACACAAACUGUCCUGACUUGGCUACAAAACGUGGUGGCGGCGGACACGAAGAAAGAAUCCGAUCUGGCGAAAGCCCGUGCGGCUCUGGACUCAGAGGCCACAGAGCGUGAACGUCUGCAGGUGAAGUUGUCCAAGCUGAAGAUUGAUUUUGACGAGCUGGAAGCAAGGGACACGAAGAAAGAAUCCAAUCUGGCGAAAGCCCGUGCGGCUCUGGACUCAGAGGCCACAGAGCGUGAACGUCUGCAGGUGAAGUUGUCCAAGCUGAAGAUUGAUUUUGACGAGCUGGAAGCAAGGAAGUCGCAUCACAUUCAAACCCUUAAAGAUGAGCUGGAGUUUGAAAAGAAGCUGCAUUCCGCGGACUUGCGCAUGGUCCAAAGCCAGCACGAGUCUCGCAUGGUGGAGUUGGAAGCCGGCCAAAAAGUGAAAGAUCUGGAGGAGGCUCUGUCUACAGAGAGGGAGCGGACCCAGAACAAGGAGGAGAGG